CUGGCGCCCAGGCCCCGCCCGCGGCCCGCCUCCGGGCCUGGCUCGACCCGCCCCUGCCCGCCCCUCCCCGCGCCGGGCUGCUCCUGCUGAAGGCGGAGGCUCCAUGUUGUCCCCUCAGCGAGCGGCAGCGGCGCCCUCGGGAGGAGCAGGUGAUGCCAUGGAGAGUGGAAAACCUGGCCCAGUGCAGGUGGUGUUGGUUCAGAAAGACCAGCAUUCCUUUGAGCUAGAGGAGAAAGCCUUGGCCAGCAUCCUGUUGCAGGACCACAUCCGGGACCUCGAUGUCGUGGUGGUGUCAGUGGCUGGUGCCUUCCGGAAGGGCAAGUCCUUCUUUCUGGACUUCAUGCUACGAUACUUAUACUCCCAGAAGGAAGGUGGCCAUUCAAAUUGGUUGGGUGACCCAGAAGAACCAUUAACAGGAUUUUCGUGGCGAGGGGGCUCUGACCCAGAAACCACGGGGAUUCAGAUCUGGAGUGAAGUUUUCACUGUGGAGAAGCCAGGUGGGAAGAAGGUUGCAGUCGUUCUGAUGGAUACCCAGGGGGCAUUUGACAGCCAGUCCACUGUGAAAGACUGUGCUACCAUCUUUGCUCUCAGCACCAUGACCAGUUCUGUUCAGAUUUAUAAUUUGUCCCAGAACAUUCAGGAAGAUGAUCUUCAACAGCUACAGCUCUUCACAGAAUAUGGCCGUCUGGCGAUGGAUGAAAUUUUCCAAAAACCCUUCCAGACAUUGAUGUUUUUAGUUCGAGACUGGAGUUUUCCUUAUGAAUACAGCUAUGGACUAGAGGGGGGAAUGUCCUUUUUGGAUAAACGUCUGCAGGUGAAAGAGCACCAGCAUGAAGAAAUUCAGAGUGUCCGAAAUCACAUCCACUCAUGUUUCUCCAAAGUCACCUGUUUCCUCCUGCCACAUCCAGGGCUCCAGGUGGCAACAAGUCCUGACUUCGAUGGGAAAUUGAAAGAUGUUUCUGGUGAAUUCAAAGAGCAGUUACAGACGUUGAUACCAUUUGUAUUAAACUCGGCUAACUUAAUGGAAAAGGAGAUCAAUGGCUCAAAAGUCACCUGUCGGGGGCUGUUGGAGUAUUUUAAGGCAUAUAUUAAAAUUUACCAAGGAGAAGAUCUGCCUCACCCCAAAUCCAUGCUCCAGGCCACUGCUGAAGCCAACAACUUAGCAGCCGCAGCCUCUGCCAAGGACAUUUAUUAUAAACACAUGGAGGAGGUCUGCGGAGGAGAGAAACCUUACAUGUCUCCAGACAUUUUAGAGGAGAAGCACGCUGAGUUCAGGCAGCUCGCUCUCGACCAUUUUCAGAAGACCAAGAAGAUGGGUGGGAAGGAUUUCAGCCUCCGCUACCAGCAGGAGCUGGAGGAGGAGCUCAAGGAGCUCUACGAGAACUUCUGCAAGCACAACGGCAGCAAGAACGUCUUCAGCACCUUCCGCACGCCUGCCGUGCUCUUCGCGGGCAUCAUGGCCCUGUAUGUCGCCUCCGGCCUCACUGGCUUCGUUGGGCUGGAGGUCGUGGCCCAGCUGUUCAACUGUGUGAUCGGGCUGCUGCUCAUCGCGCUUCUCACCUGGGGCUACAUCAGGUAUUCUGGCCAGUACCGUGAGCUGGGCGGAGCUAUCGAUUCUGGUGCAGCAUUUGUGUUAGAGCAGGCGACGUCUCACAUCGGUAAUUCCACUCAGGCUGCUGUGAGGGAUGCCCUUGUUGGCAGACCGCCCGUGGAUAAAAAAACUCAAUAGCAAGAUAACAAGAGGCUCCAGCAAGAACCCGACCAGCCCCUGCUGAUUUCUGGGAUUCUGCCACAGCCACACAUCUUGGUCCUGAGGAGCACAGGGCCACCCAGGAUGAACUGGACAUGGCACCAGUGAACGCACAGACCUCGCCUGUGGUCUCCAAUCCUUGACACACUUCCAUUUCUGCUGGAAGCAUCUCUCUUCCUCGCUGAUAUAGAUCCAAGCCUGUGUCUAUUUUCUUAUUAUUCUGCUUUGUGCACUUUAUGGGGGGGAAAGCUAAGGGAAAGAAGAGAAAUAUGGUUUUGAGUCCUUUCUUGUGCCGCUCAGUGCCUUGUAAGAUUGAAUCCAAGCUUUUGUGGACACGCUGGGGAGGGGAUUGAGGAUAGCCUCAUGGAAGAUGCUGUUUUGGGGUGAAACUUGUCGGUUCUUUCAUACCUUACUCUCUUGAGCAGGAAUUCUCUUUUAAAAAGUUUACGAAACUUACAAAAGCUUCAGAGCUAAAGACUGAAAAUGAUGCCAUUAUACUUUAAAAUCUUAUACCAUCCUGCUUGUCACAUAGUGUGGAAAAAUCGUAUCAUAUUUAAGUCCACCCUGAGAUUUAAGGUCUUUGACCUGACAGGCUGGCAGUUUUGUGAGAUGUUUUUUUCUGCCUUUGUUUCUAUAGCUUCUUUCUAGAAAAGAGGCAAAUAUGCCUUGAAAAGUCAGUGGCCUAUAAUAAAAGGAAUAAAAAAGAAAUGAGCUUUUAUUAUAAUAAGAGAAAAAAGCUUGAGGUUAAAUGAACUCUGCGACCUCUGAUUAGUCACUUGAACUUGUGCCUUGGUCAGCUUGUAAACAUGUAUGUAUGUAUCACACAGCACUCACGCAGUUGUCAUUCCAGAGAUUUUGUUUUCAAGAAUACUGCAUAAGAACAGAACUUUAUUAAGGAUUAGAGGAAAGACAUGACCAAAUAUUACUGCCUUUAACAGAUGUUCUAUUUCAUGUCACUUAGCAGUAAAUCAGUUCUUUAUCCAAAAAUGGUUUCUUGCAUGCUCUAAUGUUUUUAAUAAUGAAUCUAAAACUUGCCAAUUUAUUUAGUGAAUCUCCCUUUAUUUCACUUUACUUGACUAGUCUGAUAGCUUUAAAAUAGCUCCGGCUUAGUGAGGACCAAAAUCUCACCCAAAUAUGGACACUAUGUAAGUUUUUAUUUACCUCGAUUGUGUGAUAAAAUUUUUUCAGUCUAUUACUUGCUUUUUUCUUUGAUUCAUAAUGGUGAAUUAAUUGUGGAUUUUAAAAUGUCUUAAAACUUGCCUGCAAGUAUUUAUAUAUAAACAUUCAGGUAUAAGCCUUAAUUCUGAAAAUAAUUUAAUUUUUGUUGUGGGAGGGAAGUAGGAUGACAAAGUCUAAGUGUAAAUUGUAACUUCGUGAAGUAUAUAAAUGAAAGGUGCAGAAAAGACAGCCUGUUCUAGCGUGGACUCUAUCAGAUAACUUCCUUGUCACUACUUUAACACUUUAUUAAACUAUUUUUGUGAGCAGUGAAUUGAAUUCCAAGAAUUUUAUAUUCUUUUCAUAGCUACAUACCUUUGUGCCCAGAAGUUCUUCCUCUGUUAUUUACUCACCAUUAAACUUUAGAUAUGUUCCAGCUGUUUCUAAAAACUUGACUUGCACGUCAUUGAUGGUUAGCUGUGACUGUUAAAUCGGAAGCUUCUGAAAAUUUGGCAUGUUUCCCCGGGGCCUCUCUGCCCUGAGGUUCAUAGUUACUAGUUAGCUCACAGAGGUUGACAUACUUUGCUUUUAACGCAUUCUGUCAGCACACUGAUUUGUCUUGGGUGGCCUUGCUUUUCAUGGUGAGAAGGGGACAAUAUGUCUAAAACUUACGUCACACUUCAGUUUUAGGCCUUCUUUUUUUUCUUUUAAGAAAUUAUUAUAUAAUAAAUGAUAUAAUCUUAGGGAUUUGAUGACUGCUUAACUGCUCACACUCACCAUUUCUGUUUUGGCUCUUAUAAAGGAAAAACUUGGCUUAAUUACCAUGGGGGAAGCCUUCUUGUUUUGUAAUUUUUAAUUUUUUUUGGGGGGGGGUCUUUAUCAGUUAAACUUAUCCUUCCUCUGAAAAGUGUUUGUAAAAUUUUUUCACUGAGGAUUUCUUUUGAGUUUUCUAUGGCCUCUUUUUAACAGUAAAUUGAUUUUAUGUUAGCUUUUUCAAUAAGACGCAUUCUUGUUGCUGACUGUAAAUAGUUGAGAGGAGAUUUAUAAUCAAGUUGAAAAAAUGUCUUUGACCUCUUCCCUUAGCCUUUAUUUUUUGGGUCAGGGACAUUACUUGGGAAUUCAGACUGUGUUUGCUUGGUGUUUAUUGCUGUUCUACAACUGGCCGACCUUCCCACAUGGGCAUUUUUUAAUUUGCACAUUCCUAACAGUAUAUGGGACACAUUCCUAUUAACAUAAAAAAAGUUUUCAGGAUUUUCUAUUAAAGCUCAUUUCAGAAGUGGUGUUGCUAAGUUUCUUGUUUUUUAAAUACUUCCAAUUAGCUUAUAGUAAAAGUAGACUCGGAGUUUCAAUUCUUUCACUGAGAAAUCUUUCUAAAUUGGUUUGUAGACAAAAUGAGGGCGGACUAUCAGGCAUAAUGGUGAUGAAAUCUUUUUUUUUUUUUUAAAGAUUUAUUUUAUUUGUACAAGAGCUGGGGUACAGGCCAGAGUCACGGGAGGGUGAGAGGAUUCACCAGAGACAGGCAGGGAGCAGAACAGGCAGAUGGACUGAAAGCACUGCUGAGGGGAGCAGCGGGGGAGACAGGAGAAGUCUGCAGUGCCAUUUGGGAUUCUCCCUGGCUGGCCGGGAAUCGAACCAGUGCUGCGGUGGCUGCUGACAGCUUCACAGCGCUGCGCUAAAGCGGCUGCACCACCCGGGGAGACCCAGGUGAUGAAAUCUUGAAGCUUCAGAGUCGUACUUCAUUUGAGGAAUGUCCUACGGGAUCUCUCUGUGGGUGAUGCUUUAACGCUUUAUCCUUGAUAAAGUUGCCUAUGAAUGUUUUUGUUUUAUUUUUUUCUCUUACUCAGCAUGAAGCAAAAUGCUUUAGGCAAACAUACAUACUGCCCUGUCCUAGCAGAGUGCCCUGAAGCAGGCCAGAACAGACCCACUGUUUACCUGGCUUUAUAAAAGCCAUGCCUUGCAUAGGGAGAGUUUAGAUAAGUAUGUACUUAAGAAUUAUAAAUAAUUAAAAUUUGAAGGAGAUUUAAAUCCAGGCAAAAGCAAUAAAGUUUUAUUUUUUCCCUGUUUUUUUUUUUAAUGUAACUUUUAUGGAAGUCUUCAUAGAAUGAUUUCUCAAACUUUUGAAAUGUAACAUGGGAUGCAUUAGGAUGGCUACCAUUGGGCUAGGUCAUUGAGCUUACAUUUAGAUCCGAUAAAGUUUUUGGCAAGGAAUAAGCGUAAUGAACAAAAGCUUCACUUACGAAAGUAACAAAUUUUUGUGUGCUUAGAAUAGAAGACAUUAAGAACAGUCUUUGUAAAAGACCUUUGCUUAUCUUCCUGAUGAUAAGUUGUGUUACAGCUACACUUUGGGUGGUGGUGCUCAUCUACCUGGGAGCAUAACACUUAACUGGGGAGCCUUCAAAAAAAUCCAAAACCCCAGCUUUAUAUCCAGGGAUUGCCCCCGUCUGUCUAGGCCAUGAUCCUGGAACCACCACUUUUAUAAAUAGUAUCAAGUUCAGAGGCCACAGCAAGAGAGACUUGGUGGGAUGGGAAGUGCAACCAGUGUCUGGACACAGGUGGCCGACUCUCACCUGAGGUGCAGGAUAGGGGGUCUGCUGGACACAGUCACUGAGCGUUUACAGCAUUCAGAGUAAAGAGGAUGCCUUUAUUCUAGGUUAUUUAAACUUUAAACUUUCUAAAUUCAGAUUAUCAGUGCCUUCUCUGAAAAACGAAUGUACAAGUAUCCUAUUUGCUAGUAGGUGUAAUUUGGGUUAAAAUUUUUUUGAAAGUUGUUUUUCUAUUAAAAAGUGGAAUUGAGCCCUGUGUUUUGAAUCCCUAAAUCUUCUACACACAGAAAACCUGAAAUCACUAGUAAAAAUUACGAACAAAAAGGAAAGGAAAAAAAAAAAAGGAGAGGAUCAUAAUUUUGAAAAUUACUGACACAAGUAUCCCAUAUAAGGAACCUCAAAAUAGAUUUAGGGACAGAAAUGUUCUAAAAGAACUUUUUCUUGGGAAGGAAUUUCAUGCGCCAGAACUGAGGUUUAAAUGUGGUAUUUUUAUGACCAAGGGACGGUUGCAUUUGAUUCCCAAAGCUUUCUCACUUAGCUUUGAAUAAAUGCUGUCAUGGACUUCAGCCUCUUUAAAGGCAUUGAUAGCGAUCUUGAACAUAUAUAUAUACAUAUUUUAAAAUGAUUUGUUAAAGUGACUUCCUUUUAGACUCUUGCCUUUGACUUUACAAUUUAAUAUACUUCUAUAAAAGUGCAAUGGGAUGAGAUGCUAUUAGUAUAUCAAAAGCAUGUUUCUGUUUCUUCGUCGCAGGGCUGUUUAAUGGAAUAAAGAUCAGCACUAUGUUAUCUGUGUGUGUGU